UCCCGGAGGCCGCUGCCUCCUCUACGCCCGCCAUGUUGCUCGAGAGAGCGCGAGGGAGCGAGACAGAGCGGCGAGGGCCCGCUCCUUCUUCACCCACCUACACCAGCGACGCCGGAAGCUGCUCUCGAUGGUCUCAUGGAAGAAUGCAGGCAUCUGUUAAAGAUAAGCCUUUGGACACUGGACCCAUCUAUUUCUUUGAUCAGUUGAAACCUGAAAGGAAUAAAUGGGAAAAGGAAACAUAUGAAAAAGAGCUCUCCCAACUAAUGCUUUUGUCAACCAUAAACAGACCUUCCGGGGAGGAAAAUCUGCCUGUUGUCAUCCACUUGUCACUGCCCUCCAAGUUCUGUUUGGAAAACGGUUGGAUCUUUAAGCAUCCCUACUCAAAAUUGGAAAUUCUGAAAUGGAUGACUGUCCUCAGUACUGCUGUGGAGAGACUACAAGAAGCCACCACUCAAAUAAAAAGAGAAGAAGCCAAACUGAAAAAAAGAAGGAUUCAACAAACAACUUAUCCUGAGCCAUUAUUAUGAAGCUGAAAGCAAGAAGGAGAACCAGGGUACCCAAGAUUCUCAGAGUUUCCGGCUGGAGUUGCUGGAGAGGAGGCCUAAGAUGCCCAUUCUCAGGAAGACCAACCCAACGAUGAAGAAAUUCCAUCAUGCCCUGGUAGACAGUUCCUCUCUCAUCUCAUAUCCUUAUGAAAUUCCCAAGGGGAAAGGAAGGUGAAGGUGGCAGGAUGUGAAGGAAGGGGCUGACAGGUGGGGGUUUCCAUCCAGCAGAAAAUCAAUCCCAGGAAGCACUGGGGAAAGAGGUCUCAGGCCUCGUGUUUGUUCAAUGCUUUCCGGUGAGCGUCGGCCUUCCUUCCCACUGGGGGCAGGACAAAUCAGGCCAAAAAUGAGGUGGGGGAAAGUUCCCUGGUUUUCAAAACUUCCUUCUUUUUCAAGGAAGCUCUAGUGGUCCCUGACAUUUUUUGUGAAGUUCCCAGAGCUGGUGUUCUGAGAAAAGGACUUCUCCCCCGAUUCAUUUUCAUGAUUAUUAGAACCACAUGGAAAUUUAGUAUCUGGAGAAUCUAAGAGAGAAGAUUGAUUUUUGUAAUCAACUCCUACCUAUCCCAAAGGAAAAAGUCCCUGAGAGUCCACCAUAGUCCAUUUCGUAGAGGCUGGUACAGAUUUUGUAAAAUCACUCCCAGAGCCAUAUCUCUACCUGUCCACAGGUGUUGAUGGGAGACCUGACUCUCCGGCUCUGUCUUUAAGCAGCUUUGGUUUCCAACAACUCUGUAUUACCAGGACCCGUCUGAUCAGACUCCCCUGUUAUUAUUCACAGAUUGGUUUAAGAGAAGAUGGAGCCAAACAAGGAUGCAGGAGUGUUUACACAGGGGGAGAGCGUGGAACUGUGAGUCAGAAGCCUGUGUGCUUGUCUAACCCUACCACCACCAUGCUCUGUGACCACCAGAAAGAGUCAUCUUCUCUGGACUGCCUCAUAAGGAAAUAGCUAAUUAAAAAGAAGAAGAAUGUGUGUUUGAUAGAGUUAAUGUCUUUCUAUAGGACAAAAAUUAUUAGCAUUAUUGAGUUUUUUACCAACAUCAAUUCCUUGACCUGGAUUUUAUCUAUCCUUCUGGCCGCCUAGCUGUCUGCCAAAGCUAUUCUGACCUCCCUUGGGGUGGUGUGUACACCAACAUAUUCAGUGACUUGCCAGAUCCAGUUAUCCUGGGAAGCUUUACACCCUUGGGCUGUGGUAGCAUUUCUUUACCUAAGAGGUAUGUGAGAUAAACUAGAACCUGUAAAUAAGCGUGCUAUCCAGGGAAGAGCCAAAUGCCAACAAAGGCAAAUGCAGAAAAGGGAUCUUUUUAAUUGUUAGCCUAAUUGGAAAAGCAGGAAAUGCUUUUGAAAGAUAGACGUGUGUUCAAAGCUGCUCCUUGUACAGACUUGCAAUUUAGCACAGGUCAAAUUCCAUGAGUCGCAAUCCAAUUGUGCCAUCCACUAGCCAUGCUAUGGCCCUCCAGUGCAUAGGGGCUUCCAGUGUAGGAGGACCAGGUCCCAGGAGUGCACAGGCUGGCAACACAACUCGGAAACUGUGUAAGUGAACCAGGGGUAACUAGAUCCCAUGCCUGGGAAAAGUCACAUCCCUCUCAAGAUUUCUGCAAAGUUUUCAGGGAUUAUGACCUGGGGGUCUCCUCUGAUUUUUGCCAUCCUUCGAGAAUCUUGGUCUCUACUCUGUGUCUAAAACGUGUGGAUUUAUUUUGGCUCUCCUUUGAUUUGAACCAGUUGGAAAAUUAGCUCCUUUCUUUGAUUUUUCACACAUUAAAAACCACUUACGUGAGGCCUCUGUGAAGGUAGCUGAAUUUCUUGAUGGUUUGGGUCACAAGGAAUUUAUGGCACAGUCACAUAAACAACUUGCAUGGAAUGUAAAGUGUACUAAAUGUUCCAGUCCUUCAUCUAUCCUACGAUGCUGCCAAUAUGUCAUGUUUUCCUUUCCUUGGUCCUCUUUUUUCAUUACCUUUCUGUUUUAGGAGUCUCUUUCAUCUUUUCUUUCCAUAUACCUCUCUUCCCCAAAUGUUCUCAUGUUCUUACAGAAAGAAAAUGGAAGAUCAAAUUCCUCUCUUUAUAGCUCUGUCCCCAAACCAGACAACUUUCACUGAGCUAGCUGACGUGGGACAGGGGGAUGGGGAGAGAGAAAGGAGAGGUGGGGUCACUUGGCUGCCUCAGGCAAUCUUUAGCCACACCUUUGCUGUGAUGUUUUGUUCAUUUGCUUACACAUUUCUUUUUUUCUUUUAAUAAAUAUUUGUUGGAAACCUAUUCCAUUCUAGACAUUUGGAGAGUGGCAUGAGACAUGGUUCCUCUUUGUCAAGAGCUGUGUUAUAGAGAAACAAAGGCAAUAUUUUAAAAAAGAAAA